UCCGCAUCCCUUCACCAUGGCCCACGGUCCCUCUCGGACCAGCCCGGGGCCCCAGCUGCUGCCUCUCCUGCCUCUCCUGCUGCUGCUGCUGCUUCGGGACGCCGGCGGCAGCCACAAGACCCUCGCUCAGUCCCCCUGGUCCGCGGCCAUCGACGGCCUGGUGCCAGACAAGGACCCCCAGGGGGACCCGGCCGCCGCGACCACCUCUCUGGGCCCCGGAGGAGACCAGGACAUGGUCGCUGUCCACAUGCUCAGGCUUUAUGAGAAAUACAGCCGAAGGGGUGCGCGGCCCGGAGGGGGCAACACCGUCCGCAGUUUCCGGGCCCGGCUGGAAAUGGUCAACCAGAAGGCCGUGUAUUUCUUCAACCUGACUUCCAUGCAGGACUCAGAAAUGAUCCUCACAGCCACAUUCCACUUUUACUCAGAGCCCCGGUGGCCCCGGGCGCGUGAGACACCCUGCAAACAGCGGGCCAAGAAUGCGUCCUGCCGCCUUCUGCCCCCCGGCCCGCCCUCACGUCAGCACCUGCUCUUUCGCAGUCUUUCACAGAACACAGCUUCACAGGGGCUACUCCGGGGGGCCAUGGCCCUGGUGCCCCCACCACGGGGCCUAUGGCAGGCCAAGGACAUCUCCCCCAUCGUGAAAGCAGCCCGCCAGGACGGCGAGCUGCUUCUUUCUGCUCAGCUGGAUUCUGGGGAGAAGGGCCUGGGGGUCCCGAGGGCCAGUCUUCUUGCCCCCUACAUCCUCAUCUAUGCCAAUGACUUGGCCAUCUCAGAACCCAACAGUGUGGCAGUGACGCUGCAGAGAUACGACCCCUUCCAGGCUGGAGACCCGGAGUCUGGCGCAGCCCCCAACAACUCAGCAGAUCCCCGAGUGCGCCGUGCUACCCAGGCCUCUGGGCCCCUUCAGAACAACGAGCUGCCAGGGCUAGAUGAGAGACCAGCCCAUGCCCCCCAUCCCCAUCACUACCACAAACACGAACUCUGGCCCAACCCGUUUCGAGCAUUGAAACCCCGGCCAGGCCGCAAGGACCGCAGGAAGAAGGGCCAGGAGGUAUUCCUGGCCUCCUCGCCAGUACUGGACUUUGAUGAGAAGACCAUGCAGAAGGCCCGAAAGAAGCAGUGGGACGAGCCGAGGGUCUGCUCCCGGCGGUAUCUGAAGGUGGACUUCGCAGACAUCGGGUGGAAUGAGUGGAUCAUCUCGCCCAAAUCCUUUGAUGCCUACUACUGUGCGGGAGCCUGCGAAUUCCCCAUGCCCAAGGUCGUCCGCCCGUCCAACCAUGCCACCAUCCAGAGCAUUGUGAGGGCUGUGGGCAUCGUCCCGGGCAUCCCCGAGCCCUGUUGCGUUCCUGACAAGAUGAACUCCCUUGGUGUUCUCUUCCUGGAUGAGAACCGGAAUGUGGUUCUGAAGGUGUACCCCAAUAUGUCUGUGGAAACGUGUGCCUGUCGGUAAGAAGAGUCACUCUGAGGACCUGGAAGCCCAGCCCUGCCCAGCCCCUGCCUGGCAGUUCAGCACCCACACGUCCCCUCUGGAGUGGGGGCUUGAUGAGUGGUAGAGCUAAAAGACAGAUCAGGGCCGAACACCUGGCUUCUGGGUUCCAGAAAGAUCUUUUCCCCAGAACAUCUUUCUGGAAUCUUCCAUUGCUGGCAUCGUCGCUUCCUAAAUGCCAAUUUAGAUCUGAAUGACCUGGGAUAAUCUGAGACUCAGUCCUGGCUGACCGCUGAUCUUUCCGCACUGCCCUGAAGACCUGAAAACCCAAUGCCCAGCUGACUCUUGCUGUCAUCAGUCCGUUGUCUGGAAAUAACCUCUGUUUAAUCAAUUUAAAACACUUUGGCCUCAUAUUGAAACUGGAACCCAGGGCCUCCCUAAUGGUAUAAGUGGAUGUUCUCUUUCUACCAUCGUGGCAAAAGCUUUUAUACAUACAUUAUGAACUUAUAACCAACUUUGUUUUUUUUCCCUUAAUAUAUAUUUUAUUCUGAAGCUAAAAGGAACACGUUGACUUCAUACACAGGAAUAAUCAUGCUGGUGACAUGUACGUUGUUUAAACAUGCAUAUUAAAAUAACACACACAGUAAUAUGUUGGGAUACUAAAAAAUAACCAAGAUUUUUAUAUUUUUGUAAAUUAUACUUUCUAUACUGUAGAUUGUGUAUGUUAUGUGUUUUUAUGGCUAGCUAAUAAAGAUACAGUGGUAUC